UCUAUAACUAAGCGCGGUUGUUUCUUCUCUGUCUUUUUUUCUGUUCCGGACUAAUUGUUUUCUCCGUUAAUUUUGAUUAAAAUUAAUUGUGUCUCUUGAUUAAUUGACUUAAAUUGAAUUAAUUAUAUUCUCAUCAUGCCUAAACCAUCUCGAGGUUCGAAGGGUAAAGCCAGCGACAGUGAUAGUAAAGGAGAAGGUUCCGAUGUCAGGUUCCAAUUGAGUAACAAUCGUUUCGUUUCUGUUGGUUCCUUUAAAGGUCGUCUAAGAGUUGAUAUUAGAGAAUUUUGGAUCAAUGAUAAAGGUGAAAAAUGCCCAGGAAAGAAAGGAUUGAGCUUAAAUUUGGAUGAAUGGAAAAAGUUUAAAGAUUGUAUUGACGAUGUUGAUGCUGCUUUAAAAAAAUUGGACUCGGAUGCAUCUGAAUCUGAAGAAGAUGAUUAAAACAAAGGAUCGAAAAUCCCAAAGCCAUUAUUAUUAUCCACCAAAUACACAUCUACAUAUCCACACAAAAAAAAAUUAAAAAAACCAUUAAAAAUGGUCCAAUUUUCAACAACAUGGAAAGAAUCAAUGGCAUUUUCUCAACAUGUUCUAUCUCAUCAAAUUUAAUCAAUGUUUCAACAAAAUUUUCCCUUCAUCCCUUUUUUCUUUUGUAUUAAUUUUGUUUCUUCCAAAUUCAUAGCCGUGAGACACCAAAUCACAAUUAAAGAAACAAAAGGCAAAGGUGUGCCAUUACCAUUA